UUGAAAUUUAUUUAGUAAACGUCUCGCAAUCAGUUCCACCGUAAUGAUACAGCAAAUUUUAACGCUUUGUAACAGUAAUCGUAAUUCAAUGCUGUGCAGGUUGGGUAAUAUACCUCGAAUGGAUGUAGAAAAUGUCAUGUUGACUCACACGUGGUAUUUGAAUUUCGCGGUCAUGGCGCCACCUGUCAGCUGCUGCAAGAUGGCCACUUCUGUCAAAUGGGAAGUCGAAGUGAUAGAAUCUCUUCCGAGUGAGACGCAUCUUCGAAAAAUAAUCAAUCGACUGUUUUGUUGACUGGGCCUCCGGGUACAGAAUUUUGAAUUGCUGUAUAAUUUCAACGAUUAUGCCAAAUGACAACUUUAACAACUAAAUAUCUUUGAUAAUGUUAAUUCAUGGCUAAAUACUAUCGCUGGCUACUUGUUACAUCAGAUCGAAGAAUGUCAUUGCAAGAGAAGUAGCAAUUGCAUGAAGACUAUUCUUUCUACAAACAUGGAGAAGAGAGGAAGCGCCGAGCUUCUAAACGUGGAGCAGAACAAUUCAAAGAACGCUAGUUUGGAUUCUCUUAAUUCAGACAGCAAGAGCAGUUCUUUAAACUCCAAGAUGGGUCAUGAAUCGGAAAGUUGGGAAAAAGCAUCGCAUUCCAAAAGCUUUUCGACAAGCUCUACUUCUACAGAUAACAAUAUUGUAUCUGCUUUAGAAACGAAAAAAGAGUGUCAAGGAAAACAGAACGUACCCGGAAGUGAUAACGGGCCACCGCUUCUGAAUGGAGAACGAGUACAGGGUGUUGCAAGAGAAGUUACCUACCUCUGCCCUUAUUCCGGGCCUGCCCGAGGGGUGCUUAGUGUUACAAACUACAAACUUCACUUCCGCAGCAUAGACAGAGAAACCCCUCACAUUGUAGAAGUGCCACUUGGUGUCGUUAGUAGGAUCGAAAAGGUUGGAGGAGCAUCGAGCAGGGGCGAAAAUUCAUAUGGAAUCGAGGUCUUUUGCAAAGAUAUGAGGAAUCUCAGGUUCGCUCACAAACAGGAAAAUCAUUCCAGAAGAAAUGUAUUUGAAAAGUUACAGCAAUACUCGUUUCCCCUUUCCCACAAGUUACCAUUAUUUGCAUUCGAAUACUCUGAAACUUUCUCAGAAAAUGGCUGGAACAUUUAUGAGCCUAUUGCCGAACUGAAGAGGAUGGGUGUCAAUAAUGAUAUGUGGAAGAUAUCGAAAAUCAAUGAUACUUACGCGUUGUGUGAUAGCUAUCCUGCAGUGUGGGCAGUUCCAGCCGCAGCAACGGACGAAGAUCUGCAAGCUUCUGCAGCUUUUAGGAGCAGAGGAAGAAUACCGGUUCUAUCUUGGAUUCAUCCUGAAAGCCAAGCAACUAUAACGCGAUGUGCCCAGCCAUCAGUUGGCGUGGGUGGUAAACGUAGUCGCGAAGAUGAGAGAUACGUUCAGCUAAUAAUGGAUGCAAACGCUCAAAGCCACAAAUUGUUUAUCAUGGAUGCAAGGCCAAUGGCGAAUGCUAUAGCGAACAAAGCAAGGGGUGGUGGUCAUGAAAGCGAAGAGGCUUACCAGAAUGCAGAACUUGUUUUUCUGGAUAUUCAUAAUAUUCACGUCAUGAGGGAGAGUCUUAGGAAGUUGAAAGAAUUGUGCUUUCCAAACAUUGAUGAAGCUAGGUGGUUAUCAGGAAUCGAAUCGACUGUUUGGCUGAAACAUAUCAAGUGCAUCCUAGCAGGAGCAGUCAAAAUAGUCGACAAGGUUGAAAAUCAUAAAACUUCAGUGCUGGUGCAUUGUUCCGAUGGGUGGGACAGAACCGCACAGUUAACAGCACUGGCUAUGUUGAUGUUAGAUCCUUAUUAUAGAACAAUUAAAGGAUUUGAAGUUUUAAUAGAGAAAGAGUGGCUGAGCUUUGGACACAAAUUUCAGCAGAGAAUCGGCCACGGCGAUGAGCAUCACAGCGAUGCAGAUAGGUCGCCAGUGUUCCUACAAUUCAUAGACUGCGUAUGGCAAAUUAGUCAACAGUUUCCUAACGCUUUCCAGUUCAACGAGCACUUUUUGAUUACCAUUCUUGAUCAUCUGUACUCCUGUAGAUUCGGGACGUUUUUAUUCAGCAGUGAGCGAGAACGAGUACAGGAGAAGGUGAAACAGAGAACGGUUUCGCUAUGGUCUUAUACUAACAGUCAGUUGUCUCUUUACCAAAAUCCCCUUUAUUGGGCAAGUCCUCAAUAUCAAUAUGUACUGCUACCCGUUGCUAGCGUGCGAUUGAUUAAAUUAUGGAAGAGCCUCUACUGUAGGUGGAAUCCUAGCAUGCGACAACAGGAUCCCGUUUAUCAACGAACGAGGGAACUUCUAGUCUUGAAGGAGCAGCUCGAGAAACAAGCUGAGGAGUGCCGGCGAGAGCAGGCCUCCCGGGCAAAUCGAUCCAUGACGUCGGCAGCACCGCCUAGAAUACAUUCCCCGGUUCAUUCAUAGCCCGGCAGGUUUCUCGUGCAUUUUUCCGACCUGUAGUUUUGUAAAUGAGUCUUACGCUUACUUCCCUCAACUUCGAAGCUCUACACAAGACGACUUCUGACUGAAUUAGUUCCGCCGUGUAUAAAAUGCUUGUUAAUAAAACAUUUAUAAUUCUUAUGCAAGUCCACUGUGACGUGUGCUUUUAAAGAUUAUCGUCAAUUAGUGGUGGACUACUUCGUUAGUGGGAAAAAUGAUUGUAACAUAAUGUACAUGGUACCCGGUAGAAAACGUUAGACGUAUUUAGUACGAGUUUACACCUAUAAUAUUUUCAAUUAUAUCUAAUUUGAUAAUGUUAAAUCUAAAAGAAACUGAGGGCCGUAAAACGGAUAUCAUGGGUGAAACUAGAGAAUGAUUCAAGAUCAUAGUUCGUC